GUUUGGCAUCCAAAUUUAAUUCAAGCUGAACUCAUUCAUUUCUCUGCAUUAUUCUCCCAAUCUUCAUUCUUAAAAAUGUCUGGACGUGGAAAGGGCGGCAAGGGCUUGGGAAAAGGAGGAGCAAAGCGUCACAGGAAGGUUUUGAGAGAUAACAUUCAGGGCAUUACCAAGCCUGCCAUUCGCCGUUUAGCUCGUAGAGGCGGUGUGAAGCGUAUCAGUGGAUUAAUCUAUGAAGAAACCAGAGGAGUUUUGAAGAUUUUCCUCGAGAAUGUGAUUCGCGAUGCUGUGACCUAUACUGAGCACGCUAGGAGGAAGACGGUGACUGCCAUGGAUGUGGUUUAUGCAUUGAAGAGGCAGGGAAGGACUUUGUAUGGGUUUGGAGGUUAGGUCAUAGGUUAAUUUUACGAAUGAUUGUAUAUCUGAGAUUUGGAAAUCUAGUCAUUGAUGUUCUUUUAGUUUUACUCGGAAGUCGUUCAUCGUUGUUCUUGCAAUGAAAUUUUAAUUGAUCGUGUACUUUACUCUUCAGUUUCUAUUUACUCCCUAUCUUGUCUACUCAAACUAUGAGAAUUUUCUCCUUAUUGAUC